AUGCAGCAGUUUGAUGAAUUGCCGAGUUGGAGAGCUGGCUAUGAGAGGCAGCUUGCAGUUUCUGCUGCUUUUUCGCAGUCCAAAGCUGCUAGAAAAGAUGAAAGCGCUCGUUUGUCGGAAUUAUGGACAGCGGGGAAGCCGCGAAAUUGCAAUUAUCAACAAAUUCUGGACGAUUUCUGCGCUCAGAUGCAUCCAGACGCGCCUGCCUUUCCCUUCAAAUGUGCAAAGGCCAAGAGCAAAAUGGUCGCACGAUACGGCUUGAAUAAAAACGGCGAGAACCCGGGCUGGCGAUGUUACAGAUACACCUCGAUGUCGAACGAGACCGCCGCUUGUAUCGGUCCUGAUGGAGAAUUGACGGCCGAGGGCUGCUCCGAUCCGAUCCACGGCGAUGGGCACUAUUGCAACCGCGUUGCGGAAAUGGAAGAAGUGCUCAGGACAGCUUGCCAGUGCCAGUUUCAGCAGCGACUCGACGAUUUCUGUUCGCAGAUGUCGCCGAAUGGAACGGGCGACUUCGAAUGCCCACGCGCCGAGGGUUUCGAAGGAAACAUGGUCGCUCGAUAUCACGUCAACAGGAAAGGCGGCGGCUAUGCCUGGAGAUGCUACGGAGAGAUCUGGGACAAGACGACAAUCGAAGGCUGCUUGGACGAAGCGGGAGAGAUGACGAGCGAAGGGUGCACAGAAGUGAACCCCUGGAAAGCGGACUAUUGCGCCCGAUCGAAGGCCAUGGAGGAAAUCAUUGCCAAUACGGCAUGUGAUGCUACUGCAAACGUGACGACUUCGACGACGGCGAUGACUUCUACUGCCGCGCCGACAUGCAAUAUUCAACAGCGACUGGACGACUACUGUAAGUUGAUGUCUCCAACUGGCGUCGGGAGCAAUCUCUGCGGCCGUUCGAAAGGCUUUGAAGGAACCAUGGUGGCGAGAUACGGCCUCAACGAAAAUGGAGGAGGACCUGCCAGCCUGCAUCGCUGA